AUGGUUAGGCGGCUUUUGGUGGUGCUUUUCCUGAUUCAGGUUGCUUUGGCAACCGAUGACUGCACGGGAACCGCCGGCGGUGCCAAUGCAGAUCAAUGUGCUGCCGGCCAGUGCAAGCAGUUGGAUGGGGUUUGUGAAUUGUCUUUGGCCCAUGUUUCUAUCCAGGGCGGCAUCAUGUACGAAUGUUUCUGCUCGAGCUGCAACAACGUCACAAAUGCCUGUGCUACUACGACAAAGGCGGUAUUU